CGAGAGUGGUUCAUCAGCCAGCAUUCGGUCCCGCGCUGCGCCCUCUAUAGGAACUAUGUCCUCGCCCAUGGACGAGAUUCAGGGCAUUACGCCUUCCCGAAGGCGCUUAAUGCGAUUCGCUUGUAUUGGUCAAAUCGAUCACCAUCGCACACUGAGAAGAGUCUUUUCUAUCUCCGGCCCACUCGUCAGCUAACUUAAACACUGCACGUAGGAAGAUGCAGGGUCGAAGACCCUUCACACUCCCUCAGGUGCCGCACCUCCCUGAUCAUGUCUCCAGACGGUGACUUUCCCGGUCUUUACAGCAAGGAUGGACCCGCCACGAAUGCUGACACGUGCGACUGGAGAGAGGUAGCAGCCCACAAGAGAAGGGAUAGACAGGCUCUUCUGGAUCGACGACCGGAGUGGCGACUGAAGGAGCAGAUACCCGAGUCGAUGACAGAUGUCUCGACCCUGGCAACGGCGCAACUCACUCCGCGGGAGUUCGAGAUCGUGCAUCUGGACGCUACGUCGCUUGUCGAACGCAUCCGUCAUCGUCGUUACACUUCGGCCGAGGUUCUCAAAGCUUUUUGCCACGUUGCUGCGAUCGCACAGCGGCUUACGAACUGUCUGACGGAGAUCAUGUUCGAAGAAGGUCUGCAGAGGGCCACGGAACUUGAUAGGUUUUUGGAAGAGAAGGGUCAGGUCGUCGGACCGUUACAUGGCUUACCCGUGUCAAUCAAGGAUCACAUACGUGUCAAGGGGCAUGACACGGCGACAGGUUAUAUCGCAUGGGCGUACAAUAGAGUUGCUCAUGAAGAUGCGACAGUCGUUGAUAUACUGCGCAAAGCCGGCGCUGUGCUGUAUGUGAAAACCGCCAAUCCACAGACAUUAUUGUCCCUCGAAACCAAUAACAAUAUUUAUGGGCGCACGUGCAAUCCGUUCAAUCGAUCGCUCACUCCGGGCGGUAGUAGCGGAGGAGAGAGCUCCCUGAUAGCUGUACGAGGAAGCCCGAUGGGGAUCGGUACAGAUAUUGGUGGCUCCAUUCGCGUACCAGCGGCGCAUGCAGGACUUUACGGCCUCAAAGGAUCAGUCGGCCGCAUGCCCCAUUCCGGGUUGGAAGGGUCGCAUGACGGCAUGGACGCGAUUGUAGGGGCGCUCGGUCCCCUUGCAACCUCCGCGAGAGACCUGGCCUUGUUCUGUCGAGUCAUGCUCCAGUACCAGCCCUGGACCGUAGAACCGCCUCUUCUGGAGAUCCCGUGGAAGCAGACCGUAGCCGAUGGUCAGGAACUUCCCGAGAAGCUCUCGAUCGCCGUUCUGUGGGAUGACGGCGUGGUCAAGCCUCAUCCGCCCAUUCUAGACGCUUUGAAGCGCACGAAGGACGCGUUGGUGGCUGCGGGCCAUAAUGUGAUCUCCUGGGUGCCUGUGGAUCACUGGGAGGCGUGGGAUUUAAUUCUCAAGCUCUAUUUCCUCGACGGAGGUGAAGAGUACCGAGACGCCAUGGCCGGUGAGCCAAUGGUCCCGCAGUCGGAGUGGAUCCUACGCCAGGUGCCUAACGACGGCGGACCCUUCUCGGUGGCAGAGAUUUUCAAACUGAACCGGGCGCGGGAGAUGUUCCGGUCAAAGUUGAUCGCACAUUGGAAUGGCACGGAGCGGAGGACCACGACAGGGAGGUCGAUUGAUGCCAUCCUCAGUCCGGUUGCUCCGACGCUCGCCCCUCCGCACGACACGACGCGCUGGUGGGGAUACACCUCUUACUGGAACUUGAUGGACUUUCCGGCGGUGGUAUUUCCAACGGGCAGAUUCAGGGCACAUAACUAUACCCCGCUCGAUGUCUCCGGAGAAGCCGUCAGUGGUACGCGUCCCCGCACACCGAUGGAGGAGUACAUCAAAAAUCAGUGGGCGCCAGAAACGUACGAUAACGCACCCGUGGCUCUGCAGCUCAUCGGGAGGCGGUUGAACGAGGAGAAGCUGCUGGGCAUGCUCUCCGUCGUCGAGCGGGAAUUACAUCGUUCGUAUGGGUGAAGGACGGAAUCAGUAGAUAUUGCAUAAUGCAUGACGAUAUUGAUGCACGAUACCGCGGUGCCGACUUUAAAUUCACUGUAAGAACUCGAAUGCCACGACGACAUACGGGGUUCCGUGAACUCAUUCUCUCGUCCGCUGAACACUCGGUAAUCACAUGUACAUGUCAAAGAACAACUCUCACUGACGGGCAUCACCGCAAUGAGAUAAC